UUUAACGAUAAUUCAAAGUUUCAAUUCGGCGGACUUCUCGAGUAAAAAUCGGAAAACGAUAGCGAUGGGGAUAUUUCCAAUUAUAUCACUCAUCUUGUUAGUCUUCAUAUCCUCUGCGGAUAGUCUGCAAUUUCGAGAUAAUCCAUUAAACUCUGUCGAUAGCUCCCUCAAACCAUACGAACGCCAUUUGAUUCGUGCAGCGAAAGAUGCUCCUCUGAACUCUACGGGCUCAUCUAUCAAAGAAUUCCAUCACAAUUUGACUCGUCGUGCUACAAAAGAAGAACUAUCCAAAUCAGUCAAUCAAAUGCACAUGAUAUCCCGCAUUAUCAAUGGAAUUUACCUUCAACAAUCACUUGUCAACAAUACCAUUCCAUCUGAAGAGCUUAUCUCCGAGCUGCUCAAUAUUGGAUCUCUAACCACUUCUCAAAUUGUUGGAAUCAAUGGAGCUAAGUUGACUACUGUAGUUGAUCAGAUUAACCAACUCUCUACAAAACUGUCGGCUACAAAUGACAUUAAAGCUGUUGAGACACAGAUUUUUCUGUCUGCUUCAAUUGCCAAUGACGUGAGAGGGUUGGAUGGAAAGUUCAGUUUUCCUACGAAUCAUACGUACUUGAAAGCUGUUGACCAUUUGGCUACGAAGUAUGAGGGUCUGAAAGUGAACAAGCUGAUUGAAAGACUUAUAAAUUUUCUGAAAGCAAUGACUGUUGUUUCAGCUAAAAAUGUCACAGAUGCCGAAGCUGAACCCGCUUUCCUUAUUAUAGAAAAUUUUGUUGUUUAUGUGCAAAGAUUGAACGGCACUAUAGUCGAUUUGAAGCAAAUUAACGUUACUGAACUUGAAGAAAUCUCAAAAAGUGAAAUUCUCAAAAGUUUUGAUAGCAGUUUUCCAUUUCUUCUGCCUCUGAAUGACGCUGUUGCAAAGUACAAGGAUAACGUUGUAGUUUUGACAAAAGACAUCAGCAAGCUUAUUGCAACGUUUGUUGAUAACAUCAAAAGCUUGGGAUUGGUUUCAAAAACGUUAGAAGGUAUUCUUCCGAAAAUCGAUUACUUGGGAAAAGCCGUCGUCCUCCGUCAUCAGAAGCAUGGUAACUUGGUGUUCAAGCACAUUCCUGGGCUCAUCAACGGUAUCCAUGAUAUCAAUUUGAUUAGUGAUGAUUUGGGUAAACAAUGGGUUAAGCAGGCUUUCAUGGGACAAGCACCAAAUAUUUUCGAUUCACUGACUCUUCUCGGGGAUCUUGACAAGUUUUCUCGAUUGGUUGUUACUUCGUUUGGAUUAGACCCAGGUGAUAUGUUCAAGGAAAUAUCGAAAAUUAGUGAACUUGGAAGACAACUUACAAAGUUGUCGACUAGUCCACUAGCAGAGAAAGCGGAUAAAAUCAAGAUCAAUGUUUCUGCUGUUAACGCUUCGAGUCUACAACUUUUUGGAGCUCUCACUUCCAACAUGAAAUCUCUCUCGGUGAAAAUAAGUUCACUCGGCAAAGUAGUCGAAGUUAUAAAAACUCUAAACAACCAAGAAAACAAAGAGAAGAUGGUUAGAAUAUUGAAAAUAGCUCAAAAAAAGAUGGAACAUAAAAUUUCUAACACUAACAAAAUUUUCGGAAUUCUACUGACUUUGAGCCAAUUCGUGAGAUAGUUCAAUCAGUGAACAGUUCUUUCGAAGUACUCUCAGACACCAAGACCCCAACAAUUGCCAAAAGUGUUUCCGAUACACUGAAAACCUCUGCUGUUAUGGAAGAUGUAACAAAGUUCUUCAAUGCCAUCAAUCCGCUGAACGAUAUGCAAGAGAUCAAACACGUGAAACCAGUGAUUGAAGCCAUUCAACUCUUGCGAAAAUCCACAAAAGUUCCACUGUCAAUCAGUUCAACUGUUGGAAAUCUACCGAAGAUGAAGAAAGAGCUGAAAGAUUUGAAGAACUUUAUCGAAGGGAAGAAGAUCAAGACAAAACGUGCCGCUGUGAGUGUGAUGGAUCAAUUGAAGAAUGCAUCGAGUCAACUGUCGGUUCUUGGAUCAGCAACACGUGGAAUAUUCAGUAUGAACGAAGCUUUGAACAUGAAGUUAGAUGUGAACGAUCUGAAAUCAUUGUGUUCAACUGUUCAGAAAGAGAUGUCGAAGGUAACCCUAGAUGCAAAGGAUCAACAGAAUUUGAAGAGAUUGGCGACGUUGAGUGCUGAGCUGGAGACAAUGGCAACAAGUUUGAAUAAGUUCAUGGGAACUGUGAAAGUUUCGAAUUCACCGAAGUUAGCGGAUCACUCUGGAGUGUUUGAAGCAGCUUCGAAAGUUCAAGGUGUCAAAGGAGACUUCAUGGCUAUCAAGCAAUCAGUGAUCAAGUUGAUCGAGGAGAGCAAGAUUCAAUCGCUGAAUGGUCUUUUGAAAAUGCUGGAUACACUUGAUACAGUUGGAUUAGACUUUGCAAGUCAUGCAUCUGCAUUUGCUAGUUCGAAAAAGUAACUUCAAGCCCUAGACACUUCAUUUGCAAACCUUAACAAAACAUCAAUAGCCAGUUCAUCUGGGGGAACCCCAGAGUCUUCAGGAUUCUGGGAUAGCUGGACUUCGUGGCUUUACAUUAGUUUGGCAAUACUCGUGCCAGUUCUCGGUGGAAUUUUAAUUGUUCUGGGAGUUCUUAAGUAUGUAGAGGUGAGAAAUCGAAAAAAAGUGGACGAGCACCAGAGGAGAAAUGAAGAUAUGAGAAAAUUGUUGGAUAAAAAACACACCGAAGAAGUUGACCAGAUGAAUUAAAAAAAACAUAAACAGCAGGAGAAAGUGCUUAUGGAACAAAUAAAACACGGCGCGUUGGCUGAAAAAAAUCCAAUCGACUAUCAGGAUCAUGUAGACGACAAUGCGAACGCGUAUAAACCAAUGAAUCCGAUUGAGAUGGUUGUAAAUCCCACAAAGUACGCCAAAAAAUCCUCGAAUGGCUUUAUGGAAAAGGUGGUGAAAGACAUUGCGGAGUAUCCAAAACCAGUGGACCCCCCGAAAAAUAGUUGGGAACGCUUCUCCGAGUAUAUUAAAGGACAAGUGCUCUGGUGUUGUCAAGAGACUGUUACAAUUUUAACUGAUUGGGUGAUAGGUCACGAGAAGGAUCAGAGAUAUACUGUGUCAAUGUUUGCCAAUUCCCAAAAUGCUCUUGUUGGAUAUGGGAAGCGAUUUGUGGACGGUUACAUUCACGCAAGCAAAGUCAUAUUUCCCAAUAACCUUCGCAUGAUUCUUACCCAAAGCCCACAACACAAAACCAAAACGCGCAACUCGACAAUUGAAAAGUUUUGGUGGAUGGCGAUGCAGGAGCGCUCGAAGUCUAUCGUGCAACUUUGUGAGAAUAUGGAGCCCACGCAUAAUCUAGAUUGGGAUACUAGUGAAGCUUGUGCGGAGUAUGUGCCAUUGGCGGAGGGUGGCGAGAUCAAGUUUGAUGGUGGAUCAGUGCGAUGUGUUCAAAAGUCGAUGGAGUUUGAUGACGAAGGCGAAGUUCGCCAGUUGUUGGUCAAUGAUCAACCGGAAUUCACAAUCGAGCAUCUUUGGUACAGAGGAUGGAAGGAUCGUUUGGUUCCGGAAAGCCCCAAAAUUAUGCUGGAUUUGUUGGACAAAGUGAAUACAAACACGACGCCAGUCAUUGUUCACUGCAAAAAUGGAAUCUCAAAGUCGGCUUGUUUUGCAUAUAUCGAACUCGCGUGCCAAAUGAUUCCCGGACUGACCAGCGACCAAUCGGACCGUGACAUUCUUUACGUUCUUUUGCGAAUGCGUGCCGAGUGUUUCCCGAAUUAUCAACUAUACUCGUUCGCGUUGUACGGCGUAUUCAUGCGUCUAAUGGAGAAAGGAGUACGACUAUUAUUGCGGCAUCUUCAAUGAUUGGUAUUCGGCUACAAAUACUGCUCGCGUUGACCAUAUGGCUAGCAGAGACGGGCGCCGCAUCAAAGAGAAAAAACCUGAGAAGUCUCUUCAUGAAUUUGACGAAAAUGGAAAACCAAAUAGAUCCAUUCUUGUCUAUCCUAAACUUGGCCUCGUCGAUUAAUUUUUUUGUACUGAAUGAAUGA